AAAUUUGAGGUUAUCAUAAAAAAAAAGUAAAUAAACAUUGGAAAUAAGAAAUAAACUUCCUUUUAUUUCUUUGAUUUGUAAUAUGAGUAAUCGUGUAGUUGUAUUAGGUGAAGCUCCUGAAACAGAGAGUGAAGAUGAAGAAGAACCAAUUGUUAAGUUUGAAGUGGUAAAUUCGGUGCAAGGUGCUGUUAUUCCUGGAGAGGACUCUGAAUCGGAUAAUGAAAAUGAUGCCAGUAUUGCGAGUGCUGUCUCUGCAUUACAUCUCAUAAACCCCUCAAACGAUCCGAACGACAAUAUUGAAUAUGACUCGUUAUUCCAACAAAAAUUAAGAGAGUCAAAUAAUUCAUUGUACAACAAUCUGGAACAUUUUGUACAAAGUACCCUAAAUGAGGCUGGUAAAACUUUGGAUUCCGUUGAACAGCAGCUUCUCAAAUCGCAAAUGACUCUGCAGGGGGCAGUGCAGUCGCUCAAGUCCCUCAGUGUUAAUUCUUUAACUUUAAAAAACAAGUUUCAUUCACUAUUAUCUUCAAAUUUCUUAAGUAACAUAACUAGUUCUAAGAGUGAGAAUGCUUGUAGUACUAACCUAUAGGAAAGGGAUAAAAAGUCUGGUGCAGAUUGCUGUUAGUAUUUAUAUGUAUAUUUAUUUAUAUGUUUCUGUAAUGGUAAGAGCUAAUAAUAAAUAAAAU